AUGCAGUAUUAUAUGCAACAACCCCAACAGAGUAACCUCAACAUUCAACAACGCCAACAGCAACAGGUAAACCUAAACAAUAUCAAGCUAAAUCAGCAACAAGGGAGCAACCCUAAUUUAAACUUGAAUAUCAAUCCUAAUCAAAUAAAUUUGGUAGGUAGCAAUAAUGUCAAUAGCAGCAAUAGUAAUGCCAACAGCAGCCAAUCGGCGUUAAAUGUGUUGAACAAUGGUCUCAACCCUCAACUUUUGCAACAACAGCAGAAUCAAGCGAGGCUAGUGGCUCAACAACAAUCACAAACUAGAGGACAACAACAACAGCUUUUACCAACUGCAGGUGUUUACAAUCCUCAGCCAUCAGGUUAUAACCCUAUGGGAAACAUGCUUACUGGUAAUGAUAUUAGUGGUGCCAGUAUUGGUGUUCCAGCUGGCCUUGUGAACCACGGGUCAGGAAAUGCUGUUGGUACCGCAGCAAUCAAUGCUGGCAGUAACUCAACUAGUAUUAAUGCCACAAGCAUCAAUAUUAAUACCUUGCUUCAACAACAGCAACAGCAGCAAGCACAACAACAAGUGCAACAACAACAAUUAAUGGGAACAAACACUCAAUCUGUGAUUUCUGAACCUGACCUUAUCAAGGAAGUCUGGAAUUAUAAUAUGCAUGAAGAGUUUGGGGUUAUUAGAAAAUUGGUCAAGAAAUUCAAGUUCAUCUCUCUUAGUACCGAAAUCCCCGGAAUCAUCGCCAGACCUAUUGGGAAGUUUACUAAUGUCAAUGAUUAUCACUAUCAAACCAUGAGAGUUAAUUCUGAUAUAACCAAUAUGAUCCAAUUAUCUAUUACCCUAAGCGAUAGUAACGGGAAGAAGCCGACUAAUUAUAAUGCCAGUUUGUCAUCAACCUGGCAAUUCAAUUUCAAGUUUGAUUUGAAAGAUGAGAUGUUCGGUAGUGAGAGCAUCAAUGACUUAAGAAUGACUGGUGUCAAUUUUGAGAAAUUCGAUAAGUUUGGUAUCGAACACAAUGAAUUUGCCGAGUUGCUAAUUGAUUCUGGCUUGAUUUUAGGUUCAGAUUCUGAUAUCACUUGGAUAAGUUUCAAUUGUGGAUAUGAUUUUGGCUUUUUGUCGAGUUUAUUAAUUAAUAAUUUAAUGCCAAAUGAGAGUGAAGACUUUUUGUGGUGGUGUCAUAAAUUCUAUCAUAAAUUCUAUGAUAUCAAGUAUAUUUCAUUACAUCAGUCCAAUUUAUUCCCAAAUAAUGGCUCACCUUCAAACAAUACUAAUAGCCAUACUGCCAAUACAAAUCACAUUUCUGGGUUUAACGGCUCCAAUAUUCUCAGUGGUUCGAAUAACAAUAACGGCAAUAAUGCUUCAACAUCGAGUGGGGAAGUGAAUUUUAAGAGAUUUAACUUAGAGAAUUUGGCUGAUAACUUGGGCAUUCCGGUCCAGCAGUCUAGCUACUUACAGUCUGGAAACCAGUCUUUGUUGACAAGUAUUUGUUUUUUCGAACUCAGAAGAUUAAUUUCAUUAUCUUCUGGUAAUGCCAAUAAGGAUGGUGAUGGACUAGAAACUUUCAAGAAUUUGGUCUGGGGCAUUGAUAAAAAUAACGAAAUGCUACUCAACAAUGCCGCUGUUAAUUUGGGCUCCAAUGUCAAUAAUAAUGGAGGCGGAAUAAGCAGCUUUAAUAUGGCUGCAGCCAUUGCUGCCGCUGUGGAGAAUAAUACCGGGGGAGGGAAUGUAAACAAUAAUACCAAUAUGGGAAUGGGCACCCCCUUGCAACAUGCAAUUAACAUGGGUAUGAAUGUUGGAUCUCCAAUGUACCUUAGUAGAUGA